AUGUUUGAUGGACAUUCAUUUGUUGCAGCGGCUGGUGAUGACGUCAUUCUUGUUACAAUAAACUACAGAUUAUUUGAUCUAGGACUUUUGGUAACUCGAGAUGAAAGCGUCAGAGGUAACAUUUCCCAAAUAACACACAUUAUUUUCAAUGAUCUAUUUUCCUGCUAAACCACAUUAAUUAAGAAAAUUAAGCAAUGUUUGCUAAUGUGCCUCUGUAGACUUGAAAUAUUCAGUAACAUUUUUUAAAUUUUAACAUUUGGUUAUCACUAACUUUGCGAUAAAAAGCUCCAUUGAACUGUAGUAACAGUGGAAUGGUUCAAUUGAUGAAAUGAUUUGCUGUAGAUUUUUAAUGUCGGUAAACGGUACAGGUAAUAUAAAUUAAAGUAUAUAAUUCCAGGUCAAGUUAAAUAAUUGUGAUGGCAUUUCCGCACUACUGUAUGUAGUUGGAAAUUGACUGUUUAUUUUUGUCUUGGCAGGGAAUUUAGCAUUGUUUGAUCAAAGGUUAGCCUUCAAAUGGGUACAGGAGAACAUUGAGCGAUUUGGUGGUAAUCCUCAAAAGGUGACUAUAUUUGGAAAUAGCGCUGGAUCAGGUUCCGCUUCUUGUCAUUUUUUCUCUGAGGAAAGUUGGCCUUACUUUCAAAGAAGUAUUUUACAAAGUGGAAGCAUCACAUUUCCAAUGGGGAUCGUCGAUAUGGAUACUGCGAAGAAUAUGUCGGAGAAAUUUCUUGGAGAAGUGAAAUGCAAGAAUGAUAAAAAUGUUUUGGAAUGUCUUCAAAAUCUUAGCACCGAUGAUAUAAUGGAACAUUACCGAACCACUGAAUACUCUAUGACUAAAAAUUUCUUGUUACCAGUUAUUGAUGGGGAUUUCUUGAAAGAAUUACCUGCAAAAAUGCUUAUAGAAGGAAAACAUAAACACAUUGAUCUAAUGCUUGGCGUUUGUGAGCACGAGGCAUUCCUUUGGCAUUUUUCUAAAUUGCAGAAGAACCAAACAACUGAAUUUUACAUUAAUUAUUUCCAGCAAAUUCUUCAGAUAGAAGUUGACGAUCUAUCUGAAAGGGUGCAUGAAAAAGCUUUAGAGCUAUACGAACCACAAAGUUAUCCUAAUUUCGUUGAAGCAUUGAGACCAACGAUUGAACUGGAAACUGAUAAGUAUUGGGCCUGUCAGACAACUCAACUAGCAAGAACAUGGUCCACUCAAUCGAUAGGUAAAAAUGUAUAUGUUUUCAGAUUCUCGUAUACUCCUCCUCUGGAUUUGCUGGUUUAUUAUCCUCAGGGUACUUUUGGAUUUGCUGCUCAUGCUUCAGAUCUCAUGGUAAGUGGAGAAAAAAAUAUAAAUUUGCUAAGCUAUGCGAAUGCGAAAUGAUCUGCACCUUGAAAUAGCAGACAUAUAAUAUAACAAUUUAUUUUCUUUAAGUGCGAAUUUAAAUACUUUUUCUGACGUCGUUUUAGGGUACAUUUGGCUUCCCCAUCAACAAUACACAUUUUCCUGAAGAAGACAUGGUUAUGUCAUCUCGAAUGGUUACGUACUGGACGAACUUUGCCAAAAAUGGGUGAGUACCUUGAUUCAGAUAUUGAGCUUGAUAUAUAUUUAUGUUAUUGACUUUUUUUUUCUCAAAUAUAAAAUGGAUUUAGGGUUUGAGUCAAGGUUUUGAGGUCUUAGACCCCGUUUACACGGUACCGGACGAAUUUGUGACCGGACGAAAAUUCUUCCGUUUCGGCCGUGUAAACACACUAGAACCACGGAACCGGACGAAUUUGAGACCCCCUAACUGGACGAAUUCACGUGUAAACAGGCGAAAAAGGACGAAUUUUUGUCCGGUCCCAAAUUCGUCCGGUACCGUGUAAACGGGGUCUUAUACGCAACAUUUGGAUAGAACUAGGUGUUUGUUUUGUUAAUUAUGCGAGUUUCAUAUUCUUUUCAGAAAAUCAGGUUCAUUGUGUUGAGGAUUUAAGACUGUAUCCGGAUUGUUACAUCUAGCCUUAUGCACUGUUUAACUACUCUUCUUUGACCGCGGCAAACUUACUGUUCUUUGACCGAAGCAAACUUAUAAUCAGACAUAUCCAUAUUGUUGGAAUAUAAUACGAGUCUCAGGAAAUAUGUGAACUUACCAUAUUGAUUGACCAGCAUCUAUUAAACGAUUUGGUGAUUGGUUGCCAGGGUGUAUGCUUAUUCUACACCAACUAGUACUUCUCCUAACUCUGAAUUUGUUAUUGAUUCUUGUUUAAGGGACCCGAAUGUUGGGAUUACAAACAUCACCUACAACAAAGAGGAGUUUCAAAGGUUACCUGAUUGGCCCAAGUUUACUGACUCAAAUGAGAGAUAUUUGGAGUUCAAUGAACUGCAUGAACUGGGAAGCGGUGAAAAUUUACGUGAAAUGUACUGUGAUUUUUGGAAUGAUCCAGAGGAAUUUACGCGCCUAAAUCCUGUCGCAUCUGGGUCGUUCAACGUCUGGUUGGCUAUCGUUAUAACGUUAACAGUUACAACUGUAGUUGCUAUCAUUCUUUAUGCUUUGCUGAGGGACUCAUUUCGUAAAUCGUACAAUACAGUUUGA